GCUGAAGAACACACUGUUCUAUCUGUCUCAAGACAUCGUUUUCCAUCUUGUUGCAAAGAUGACAAUUGAUGUCUUCUACAGUGAACUUAGUGGAUGGGGCCUCUGAAGGUUCUGCUCUGUGCUCCUCUCCUCAUGCUCUGCUGGGUGCAGGGUACACAUGGUGGCAAUGUGUUGGUGUUUCCAGGGGAGUACAGUCACUGGCUCAACAUUCGCAUCAUGGUGGAAGCGCUUGUGGACCGUAAUCACUCUGUCACAGUGUUCAUAUGCUCAGCCUCACCUUCUGUCGACUACACCAAGAAAGAACGAUUCAGCUUCAAGGUUUUCCCUGUCGAUUUUAGCAAAGAAGAAAUGCAUGCUGUAACAGAGGACUUCAUGGAGUACUGGAUGUAUGAGGCUCAGAAUGCCUCCAUGCUGGAGGUGGGCCUCAAAAUCCGGGAGAUAAUGGGAAAAACAACUCAAAUGCACCUGGACAUGUGCGACUCUAUGCUACGAAAUAAGGAGCUUCUUGAUACGCUGAGGCAAUCCAAGUUUGACGUGGUCCUUGCUGAUCCCAUGAUGCCCUGCAGUGACCUGAUGGCAGAAACUCUUGGCCUGCCUUACAUUAUCUCUUUGAGGUUUACGUUUGGCUAUACGCUGGAGCGGUUUUGUGGUCAGAUGCCGGCACCUCCCUCUUAUGUUCCCACCCCCCCUUUGUCUUACACAGCUCCAAUGACCUUUUCUGAGAGAGUCAAGAGUUUUCUCAUGUUGAUUUUACAAUCUUUCAUGUUCAAGCUACACUCCUUUAUAAAUGUGGAUAGUUACUAUAGUGACAUAUAUGGGAAACCUACAUCGUUGUGUGAGAUGGUGGGGAAGGCAGACAUUUGGUUGAUUCGAACGUACUGGGACUUUGAGUAUCCUCGACCGUUCCUCCCAAACUUUAAGUUUGUUGGAGGUCUUCACUGCAAACCUGCCAAGCCGCUUCCUACUGAUAUCGAGGAGUUUGUGCAGAGUUCUGGGGAGGAUGGCAUUGUGGUGUUUUCUCUGGGUUCCAUGAUCAAGAACCUUACCAAAGAAAGAGGAAACACAAUUGCCACUGCUUUAGGACAAAUACCACAGAAGGUACUUUGGAGAUACAGUGGAGAGAAACCAGACACUAUUGCUCCAAACACAAGACUUUAUGACUGGAUUCCACAAAAUGACUUACUGGGCCAUACAAAGACCAAAGCCUUCAUCACCCAUGGUGGGACCAAUGGCCUUUAUGAAGCUAUUUACCACGGCAUCCCAAUGGUGGGGAUCCCCUUGUUUGCUGACCAACCUGACAACAUAAUGCACAUGAAAACCAAGGGAGCUGCAGUUAUGAUAGACUUCAACAAGAUGCAAUCCAAAGACUUGGUGGAAGGUCUCAAUGCAGUCAUUAAUGACCCAUCGUACAAAGAAAACAUGAUGAAGCUCUCAAGAAUCCAUCAUGACCAACCACUGACACCUCUGGACACAGCUGUGUUCUGGAUUGAGUUUGUGAUGCGCAACAAGGGGGCCAAGCACCUAAGGGUUCAAGCACACAACCUGACCUGGUACUACUGUUUAGAUAUAGCAGCUUUCUUGCUUUCUGUAGUGGGACUCAUUCUUGUACUACUGAUAACGUGUUGUUUCUGCAUUCGCAAGUGCUGUUGGAAAAGCAAACCAAGAGUAAAGACAGAUUGAUGUAGUUUUUAACAGAUGCUGUAGAGCUCCUUGGAAACUAUAGAUGCAUACAAAUCUCUCAUUUCACAACCUAAAAGGGUAAUGUUGCUCUUGUUGGUUAGUUGUAACUGAUUUAACUAUUUGUAAUCACUGUGAAUUACAUUAUUGUUGCUUGCUUUUCUCCAGGUACACUAGCACUUUCGAGGAUCAUGUUGUUUAACUCUAAUUUGUUUAACUACACGGUCUUCUGGUUCUUCCCAUUGGAACUGAUUAGCUUUUUUCACAAUGUAUGCUUCAUGUUUUGGCUACCCGUGAUGUUUGGGGCUAUUUUGUUGUUUAUGAUCAUUGACCUAUACACUUUUGUAAAGCCCUCUCUUGAAAGUCGCUUUGGAUAAAAGCAUCUGCUAAAUGAAAAAAUGUAAAAGCAAAUGCUAUUUUUAAUGAAUUAAAAUAAGAAUAAUAUGAAAUAAAAUGUUUUAUAUGUAAAGUUAAUGUUAUAGAAUCAAAGUGCAUCGGCAGGUGUCAUUGUUAACACGAGUGAACGUUAUAAACAAUGAGGUUAUUAUAUAUAUAUCUUUAAGUUCUGAAUCAAAAGAUGAUUGCUUUUGUGACUCCUUUACAUUUGCUCAGAUCAA